AUGGCCGCCUUCUCCGUCAACGGGCAGCUUAUCCCGGCGGCGAGCUCUACCACUCCUACUUCUAUCUCUUCCCGGCGGAAGUUUCUAUCUCCUUCCUCUUCUCGCCUUCCUCGCAUCUCCUCACCGACUCCUCGUGUCCCAUCCAUAAAAUGCAGCAGUAGCUUACCUACUCGAGACACCGAACCAUCUCCCAAAGAUUCCCUCCUCAAAAACCUCGCGAAACCGCUUGCUGUAGCCUCCGUCUCCUCCGCUGCGUCACUCUUUCUAUUCCGAAUCUCAAAUCUUCCGUCGAUUCUGAGCGGCGGCGGCGGAGGAGGAGGCGAUGGGAAUUUCGGCGGAUUUGGUGGUGGAGGCGGCGGCGGAGAUGGAAAUGAUGGUGAAUUUUGGGGGAAAUUGUUUUCUCCGGCUCCUGCAGUCGCCGAUGAGGAGCAGUCACCGGAUUGGGAUUCGCACGGACUCCCGGCGAACAUCGUCGUCCAAUUGAACAAGCUCAGCGGAUUCAAGAAGUAUAAGGUCUCCGACAUUGUCUUCUUCGAUCGGAGAAGACAAGCCACAAUCGGCACCGAGGAUUCAUUCUUCGAGAUGGUAUCGAUCCGGCCAGGGGGAGUCUACACGAAAGCCCAAUUGCAGAAGGAGCUCGAAACCCUAGCCACUUGCGGGAUGUUCGAGAAAGUCGACCUGGAAGGGAAGACGAAGCCCGACGGAACCCUAGGAGUGACAAUCUCCUUCGCGGAGAGCACGUGGCAAUCCGCGGACAGGUUCCGAUGCAUCAACGUGGGGCUGAUGGUGCAGUCGAAACCGAUCGAGAUGGACACAGACAUGACUGAUAAGGAGAAGCUCGAGUACUACAGGAGCCUUGAGAAGGACUACAAAAGGAGGAUCGAUAGAGCGAGGCCGUGUUUGUUGCCGGCGCCGGUGUACGGAGAGGUGAUGCAGAUGCUGAGGGAUCAAGGGAAAGUGAGUGCGAGGCUGUUGCAGAAGAUUAGGGACCGUGUGCAGAAAUGGUACCAGGACGAAGGGUACGCUUGUGCUCAGGUUGUGAAUUUUGGGAAUUUGAACACUAAGGAGGUUGUUUGUGAAGUUGUGGAAGGUGACAUUACGCAGCUGGUGAUUCAGUUUCAAGAUAAGCUUGGGAAUGUGAUUGAAGGUAACACUCAAGUCCCUGUCGUCCGCAGGGAAUUGCCUAAGCAGCUUCGUCAAGGAUAUGUGUUCAACAUUGAAGCUGGGAAGCAAGCACUCAGGAACAUCAACUCACUAGGGCUGUUCUCUAACAUUGAAGUGAAUCCACGCCCGGAUGAGAAAAACGAAGGCGGCAUUAUCGUUGAAAUUAAGCUGAAAGAGCUAGAACAGAAGUCAGCUGAAGUCAGUACUGAAUGGAGUAUUGUUCCUGGCCGCGGUGGAGCUCCCACAUUGGCUUCAUUCCAGCCAGGUGGCUCUGUUACUUUCGAACAUCGAAACCUCCAUGGUCUUAAUAGGUCUCUAAUGGGUUCAGUGACCACUAGCAACUUCUUGAAUCCUCAGGAUGAUCUUUCGUUUAAGCUUGAGUAUGUACACCCGUAUCUGGACGGUGUUUACAAUCCACGUAACCGUACAUUCAAAACAAGCUGCUUCAACAGCCGUAAACUCAGCCCAGUGUUCACUGGAGGGCCAGGUGUUGAGGAAGUACCUCCGAUUUGGGUUGAUCGAGCUGGUGCCAAAGCUAAUAUAACUGAGAACUUCACCCGUCAGAGUAAGUUUACAUAUGGGCUUGUGAUGGAAGAGAUCACAACCCGAGAUGAAAGCAGUCACAUCGCUGCAAAUGGUCAGAGACUACUACCUAGCGGUGGAAUCAGUGCUGAUGGACCUCCAACGACUCUCAGUGGUACUGGUGUUGAUAGAAUGGCUUUUCUACAAGCCAACAUCACCCGUGACAAUACCAAGUUCGUUAAUGGAGCUGUUGUUGGAGAGAGGAAUGUCUUUCAGGUUGAUCAAGGCCUAGGUAUCGGGAGCAAAUUCCCGUUCUUCAACCGCCACCAGUUGACAUUGACAAGAUUCAUUCAGCUGCAGCAAGUAGAAGAAGGCGCUGGAAAGCCACCGCCACCGGUUCUAGUUCUCCAUGGGCAUUACGGUGGCUGCGUUGGUGACCUUCCAAGCUAUGAUGCUUUUGUCCUUGGUGGUCCUUACUCUGUUCGUGGUUACAACAUGGGUGAGCUCGGUGCAGCUAGAAACAUUCUCGAGCUCGGUGCUGAGAUCAGAAUACCUGUGAAAAACACACAUGUCUACGCCUUUGCUGAGCACGGAAACGAUUUGGGAAGCUCCAAGGACGUGAAGGGAAACCCAACAGCGGUCUACAGGAGAGUGGGACAGGGUUCGUCGUACGGUGUAGGUGUGAAGCUGGGCUUGGUUCGAGCUGAAUACGCUGUAGACCAUAACAAUGGAAGUGGUGCUCUGUUCUUCCGGUUUGGAGAGAGGUAUUAA